UGUCCUCAAUGAGGACUGGACCUGCAAAGACUUGUAUGGCUUCCAAAAGGGCCUGAGUCCUCAGGAGCAGAGCUUCAGGAGGUCCAUAUUUGGGGUCAACCUCAUUGAUGUGCCUGUGAAGUCCUGCAUGAGGCUUCUGUUUGAAGAAAUCUUUGUGAUCCUUGACCUGGUGGGAGUUCAUUGUUAGAGGUCUGGAUAUUGUGACCAUCGUAGUGCCUCCUGCCCUGCCUGUUGCCAUCACCACAGGAGCUAUUUAUGCUCAAAGCAGGUUAAAGAAAGACGGUAUUUUCUGCAUUAAUCCACCACGCAUCAACGUCAGUGGAAAAAUCUCAGUCUUCUGCUUUGACAAGACUGGAACUCUGACUGAAGAGGGUCUGGAUGUGUGGGGAGUGACGGAGGGAGGACCUGCUGGUUUCUCUGAACUGGUCCAAGACCCUAAACUCCUGCCUCCGGGUCACAUGCAGUCUGCCCUGGCCUGCUGUCACACUGUUACACUGCUCAAAGGUCAGCCCCUUGGAGACCCUUUGGAGCUCAAGAUGGUGGAGUCUACAGGCUGGAUUCUCCAGGAACCAGAGGGAGACGGGGAUGUUGUUCAUGCAGAGUUUGGAGGUUUCAAAGUUUUAGCUGUUAUGAGACCUUUGCCUCAGCAGCCUCACUUUCAGGGAACUUCGUCCAGCGAAGCAGUGGCCAUCAUUAAGAGGUUUCCAUUCUCCUCGGCCCUGCAGAGGAUGAGCGUGGUGACGGUGGCCCACGGGGGGCGCUCUGCUCUGGCUUUUCUUAAAGGUUCCCCAGAGAUGGUGGCCAGUCUCUGUCGAGCCGACACAGGAACGUCCUGGCUAUCAUCUGGCUAUUGAUGGGAGGUCCUUCUCUGCCCUCUGUGACCACUUUCCUGAUUAUCUUCCAAAGGUUUUGAUGAAAGCCACCAUAUUUGCACGCAUGCUUCCCGACCAAAAAGCCCAGAUGGUGAUGGAGCUGCAGAAACUGAACUACUGUGUGGGCAUGUGUGGGGACGGGGCCAACGACUGCGGGGCCCUGAAAGCUGCUGACGUCGGAGUUUCUCUGUCUGAGGCCGAGGCUUCAGUCGCCUCACCUUUCACCUCCAAGACUGAAAACAUCAGCUGCGUGCCGCUGCUCAUCAGGGAGGGCAGAUGUUCUCUGGUCAUGUCCUUCAGUCUCUUCAGGUACAUGGUGCUGUACAGCGUCAUACAGUUCUGCUCAGUCCUCAUCCUGAACACAGAGAAGACAACUUUGGGUGAUUUCCAGUUCUUGUUCUGUGAUUUGUUUCUCGUAACUCUGCUGGUCUUUGUCAUGGGGAGAGGAGGCCCCAGUGAGCAGCUGGACCCCUGCAGACCUCCAGGCAGACUGAGAUCCCUGCCUGUGUUUGGCAGCCUCCUCCUUCACACCUGUGCGAUGUUCCUGGCACAACUGGCUGCAUUUUUCAUCACCAUCAAUGAGAACUGGUAUAUUCCAUUAAACUCCACAGUGUUUGGGACAGAAAAUCUGCCCAACAUGGAGAACA